AUGAUGCAGCGUGUUUGCGUGACUGCUAGCAAGCCCGCAGGGUGCUGCGAGCCGCCCCGGACCAAGCCGCGGCAGGUCCGGUGUAGAGCGGAGUCGUUCUCGGGCCGCAGAGAGGACACCACCGUCCACAAGCUGAUCCUGGAGCAGGGCGCGAUCCUGGACCUCCCGGGCGUGUACGACGCGCUCACCGCCAUGAUCUGCGCCAAGAGCGGCUUCAAGGCCAGCUUCGUCUCGGGCUACGCCGUCAGCGCAGCGCUGUUGGGCGAGCCGGACGUCGGCCUCCUGACGCCGCCCGAGAUGGCGCGCAAGACCGGGCAGAUCACCGGCGCGGUGCCAAACGUCGCUGUCAUCGCGGACGCCGACACGGGCGGCGGCGGCGUGCUCAACGUGCAGCGGACGAUCAAGUCGCUCAUCCGCGCCGGCGCGAAGGGCUGCUUCCUCGAGGACCAGCAAUGGCCGAAGAAGUGCGGCCACAUGCGCGGCAAGCAGUGCAUCGACAUGGAGGAGUUCGCGAUCAAGGUCUGCGCGGCCCGCGAGGCCAUCGGCGACUCGGACUUCUUCCUCGUGGCGCGCACCGACGCGCGCGCGCUCUCGGCCAAGCACGGCCUCGACGACGCGAUCGCCCGCGCGAACCUGUACUACGACGCCGGCGCGGACGCGACGUUCGUCGAGGCCCCGCGGUCCAAGUACGAGAUGCAGGAGAUCUGCGAGCGCACGCGCGGGCUGCGUGUGGUGAACAUGCUCGAGGGCGGGCUCACUCCGCUGAUGACCAAGGCGGACCUGCACGACAUGGGGUACCACCUCGUCGUGCACCCGCUCACUGCGCUGUACGCGGCGACCAAGGCGCUGAAGUGGACGUACGGCACGCUGCGGGAGAAGAGCACGCUCAAGGACCGCCUGGACACGCUCGCGACGUUCGAGGAGUUCGGCGAGAUCAUCGGCGUCGAGAAGUGCUACGAGCAGGAGGAGCGGUUCAGCAAGGGCGGCUCGGAGGGCAAGAAGCUCGUCGCCAAGGUGCGCGCUCCGCACCGGAAGAUCGACAGCGACAGCUGA